AUGCGUUUCCUUUCGAUCCUAGUGGUUUUGGCCACGGCACAGCUGGCGACAUGUCAACAAUAUCACACGGGAUUUAACUACGGCAGCACCUUCACAACUGGAGCUGCAAAAACGCAAGCAGACUUCGCAAAGGAGUUCAGGAGUGCUGCCAGCUUAUCGGGAGCCCCACAAGGCUUUACAAGUGCUCGCUUGUAUACCAAUAUCCAAGAUGGCACGCCCAAUGACCCUAUAUCUGCGAUUCCUGCAGCCAUUGAGACAAAGACGUCGCUGCUACUGGGACUAUGGGCGUCGGCUGGUGCCCCAGCAUUCGCAAACGAAUUGGAGUCACUGAGGAAAUCUAUUAGCACUUAUGGUGAUCGGCUCAAAGGAGUUGUUUUGGGAAUUUCGGUAGGCUCCGAGGACCUGUAUCGGAAUUCCCCGACUGGUAAAGCCAACAAAGAGAAUGCCGGGGCCGACCCCGGAACUAUCGUCGAUUAUAUCGCGCAGACCCGCGCUGUCAUCAAAGGCACUGUUCUUGACGGAGUUCCCAUCGGUCAUGUUGAUACCUGGACAGAGUGGGUCAACGUGGGCAGAAAUCAGGCCGUCAUCAACGCUGUCGACUGGCUCGGAUUUGACGGAUAUCCUUAUUUCGAAACAACCGCAGCUCAAGGCAACUCCAUCGAUCAGAACAAAGCCCUCUUUGACAGCUCGCUUCAGUCAACAAGGAAUGUUGCGGCCGGUAAAGCCGUUUGGAUUACCGAGACCGGCUUCCCUGUUAGUGGAAAGACGAGCGGUAGCGCCCUACCUAGCGUCGAGAACGCCAGGAAGUACUGGCAACAGGUCGGCUGCGCUAUUGUUGGCAGCAUGAACGUGUAUUGGUACACUUUGCAGGAUGCAGCUCCCAAUACCCCGAAUCCAUCUUUUGGCAUUCUCGACUCAAGCGGCAAGCAACUAUACGACCUGUCCUGCAACAAGGCUGCUGAUACAGCACGCUCAUCUGGCUCCUCGCCAGGGACUGAGUCUCCAGGGGCUUCUGACGCUGUGGAACCACCUUUGAAUCCAGACAGCAGAAUAUCACUGGGAGCCACCGGCCAACAAGCAAACGUCUUCUCAAUCCAAACUCAGACGUCGGUAGCUGGCAUAGGUGAAGCUUCUCCAUCAAGUGCUGCCAGUGAUGGCGAUUCCUCUAUCGGGUUUACAAUCCAGACAGAGACAUCCAUUACCAACACUGCUACUCCUGAGCCAACAUCUGCCAUUACGUCAGGGUCGACCGCAUCUCCUGUCUCUUCCAGCCGCGACCCCACCGCUACGCAGACACAGUCAGAGACUGGUGUGCCCGGUCUUGGUGCUGCCGUCAACGCAGGCUCCUUUGCAGCUGCUUUUGCUGCAAUUCUAGGUGCCGUAUUCUAUUUAUGA